AGAGAAGACAGAUAACAUCUCUUCGUGUUAUAUCAUCUUCAGUUGUAGUUCUCCUGGUUCUCUGACAGCGACGUUUCCUGAUAUGUAGUAAUUACGAUGACUUCUAAAACACGAUGUUGUGAAUAUGAAGAUAGCGACGUGCUAGACCCAGUGCAGCUACUAUAGUAGAUUUAUUUCAAGACGGAAACGGGGUGUAUUCUUGUUUUCGUUUAUUCCUCCAAAUAUCUUCGUGCUCUGCCUAGAUCUAGACGAGAACAGCAGUCGAACUGUGUUUACUUACUAGAAGACGAGUGAGAACAACAUCUUCAAGAAGCGUUGAAUAGAUUAAGAGCGACUUCUGAACCACAGCGUCUUCACUUCUGUAAAGUCACUUCUUUAUCAGUCUUGGGUAAGUAUAUGGGCAACAUUUUUUCCUCUUCCCCAGUAAAAACCGAAAGCGACACAACAACACCCAGUACUAAAGCGACGAGCACGAGUAACAAGCGAAGAGCCUCUCUUAGUACUAGCGAAGAGAGCCCAUCUAGCAAGAAAACCAACAUGCCGUCCGCAAAAAACUCGGUAAAGAAGCCCGCCGGGAAGCAGCUCACGGCCGCUGAGCUUGGCGAAAAGUAUGUGGGGACGGGGAAGCCGGGAGGUAUAGUUUAGUUGUUCAUUGCGGGCGCCGGACGGCAAGAAUCUUGAAGCGGUUUGAUGUGUAAAAAAUGCGUUUCUAUAGUCGUGGCGGGGAUUUAGAAGUUUAAGUUGUAAGAUUAAGAUUCCAAAAUCAAAAAAUACCACAAGGUGCCAAGGAUCCCAACCCAGCGAGAUGGGAAGACCACAAGCAGCAUCCCUUCUCAUCCGGGCUGUGCAUAGCAACGUUACUGGACGGGAGCAAGUGCCAGAAGACCUGGGCGGAAGCGUACGUCCCCUACUGCAAGCCGUGCAUGGAGAAGGGCGACCCGUCGGCAAAGGUAAUAACGCACGAGCGGUUUGGCAAGUGCCUCGUCGCGCAAAGGGAUCUGCUAUCAAAUGCAAAUGUGUCUGUGUGGUCUGGAAAUAGAGCGAUAUUCAUAUUUGUCAUCUCGCGGUUUAUUUCGCAUGACCAGUAGGGUCUGGUACUUAAUAGUAUGCACGCCUACGAGCAUGACAGGUUCUGCGAGGGCUGCUUCCCAAUGCCUUGAGCUCGCCUUCUUUCCGCGCGAGCAAAAGCGGCUAGCUUGUGCUGUUCAUGGAAGACAGAUCUCACCGUCUUCCUGAGCUAGCAUGACGAAUUUGCCGCUCUUUUCCAGACCCAGACAAAUUUUGCACUGCAUAUCUGCCGAAGGGGUACAAAAUGGCCUUGUUCGGAAAGGUUUACGAAGAGGAAAACAUGCCGGAGGCGGACAAAGAGUGGGGCUUCGAGUGCUCGGACGGCACGUAAAAUUUCUAUUACGCCACGGCAUUUUCCUACUUUUUUCUGCUUGAUGUUUCUUUGUCAUGCAGCAGCGCUAUAUAUAGAAGGACGCGGUAGUACCAUCAUCAGUACGCGGAAGUUUUUUUGUCACACUGCUCGUCAUCUUCACGGCUGUAAGAACAAGAAAAAACUCGAAAAAUAAAACCUCUCAGGUUCAUCAACCCGGUGAAGUACAGCGGCAGCCUCCCCCAGUUCUGCCAGUGCCCCGGCCCCAACGAAAAAGUCACCGUCACCUUUGCUCAGCCGCACUUGCUAAUGGAGGCAGUGUAUCGAUUGCAAAGCAAUAGCGUUAGAUUCGUACUCGGACAUAAUUGCAAAAAUGGUGCGUGACAGGUGUAAUAGUAUGUAGCUGUGGGCGAUGCAGCUCGUCAGCACGAGAAAUUUGAAUUUCAUUUAUCAGCAUUCAUUCUGGAUGAGAAAUUUGUGUCGUUAUGCGAAAGCGAAUAGUACGAUAUUUUUGCAAUGCAUACCUUGGAGAGGCACGAAGACCGCGAGUAUCCCUACGCGUCAAUGGUACUAAUGGUGGUGCUCACUUGAUGUUUCAAGAGUUGCAUCAUGUGUACACAAGAAAGACAAAAUAGAGGUAUACAGUUGUCAUUCGUAGCAAUCAUGUUCGUGGUCCAUAUCAAGAUUUCCAAUCCGAAUUUACAUCGAAACAGCUCUAUCAAAUGCAAAUAUGUCUGGGUCUGGAAACUUGUGUUGUUGAUAGAUGCUUGCAUUGCAAACUUGCUGCGUGUAGGUGUACGGCAUAACAGCAUCAGAAAUUUCCUUCGGAGCCAUUCGCGUUUAGCAUUACAAACUGCCAUCCAGCACGACAAAAAAACCGGCCAAUGGUAUUCAUUCAUUACAGAUCUUGUUGUCCUUGAAGUCCUGCGUCACAAAUCCAGACCCAGACAUGCUUGCAAUGCAUAAGCUCUUCCAAACGACGAUGCCUGUGCCGAAGAAUCACCAGCUGGUGAUGAUGUACGCGGAAAUAUCCUGUGUAAAAGCAUACCACCCGACGCCAUUAUUUGUCAUGCAAAUCGGCAUGCCCAGCAUUGAGUCGAAUGUGAAUGUGUCUGCUCAUGCGCAGCCCCAUGAGGAGCAUAUUAUAAUAAUUCUACCUGGCAAGAACGGAUUGCUUUUACUCAGGAUAGGAAAACGAAAAAGCUACCGAGGUCUUCUUUUCCGAGCGCGGAAUCAGCAGGUGUGACGUCUGGCAGAAGUAUGGAUUGCAAAUAUCGACUUGGGUCGUUGCGGAGAAUGCGAAAAAAACUUGUGAUGCUCUCUGUAGAAGCUCACGUUCUUUUGCAUGAGUAGAAGCAGUGCCGUCCCAGGAGUUUCUGCGACGCAGUGAUGGGUGUGUUUUGUAAUGCAAGAUAGUAAGCAUUGCAAAUUCUUGCCAGAAUCUGUGCUACAAGUAGUCCACGACCACGCAUUUUGUGCAGACCUUUCGGGGCAUGGAAAACCUGCAUCACAAGUAUCUGCAUUCUUUGAGAGGACCCAGACUGCGUAUUUGCAAUGCAUAACAAGAAUGCCCCGACGAUAUUGAAGAAGUGCGCGCCCGCGGACCCGAAGAAUUUGAAGCUGACGGGCAAGCCCAUCAGCAAGGCGGAGAAGGACAAGAAGGUGAAGGCGUGUAUGGAAGCGUCAGGUUUGAAAUCGACAAAGUUGAAAUGAUUUGUCAUGCAUAAAAUGGAUACCAGUUGGAAGCCCAAUUUUCAAGCGGCACAUGACAAAUUUUCGGAGCACCGAAAGCCAAUUUGUCAUGCUGUUUGGGCAUAAAAGGCGUCUUUUGUCAUGCUACUUUAGCAGCUCUAUCACAGACCCCAAACAGGCUGACAAUCUGCCUCGCUUGCCAUCCCUGCAAGAGAGACAAUUCACGCCUUGCAUUUCAUGCAUGACAAAUCCUUUCAACUUUGACGAUUUCAAUCCUGACAGAUCCAUAGCGUGGGAGCUCCACGAAAAGCAGAAGAUGAAGUCGGCAGCCGAAAAGGAGAACAUGACGAAGCAGAAACUGAAAAUGAGCAGCAACGCCACCGCGAUGAGUAAGAUGAAGGAGGUGAAGAAGAAGAACGGCAAGGACAAGUCCGGCAAGAGUACGGGUAGCAUGAAGUCCACGGCGACCAGCUCGAAGGCUGCGAUGAAGAAAAAGUAGGAUGAGAAUCGAUGCGAUUAGAUAUCCAGGUGCAGGAGGAGAUACAAGUACAGUCACCUGCUCGACGUCUCGUCCUCGUCAGGAUGAUCCGUUUACUUCACCAGUACACGUCUUUUUACCCUGCUGUUGUUUCAUCGAAUGUUGACACAAAGUCUGUUCUUUCGAUGGCAACUAUGCUUUAAAGGUGUUUUUUACGACGCAACAAUUGGGGAAGAAAAAACUUUGUUCUUGACUGCGCGCCGGGGAAGAAAUGAAUAAGUAGAAUGCAGCACUACAAUUAUUACCUUUACUGUGGAUGAAACACUCUACGAUCCAGGGUUGUUGUUCUCAAGGUACUGUAAUACAAAAACACGACCUCCGUUUGGAAGAUAAACGAGAGGUGUCACAGCUUCCACUGGAACCUUUGUGAUAAUUUCGAUUCCACCUACGAUUGUAGAACUUCUACCCUCUGCUCGAAGAUGGCACAGGGAUGUCUAGAUUUUUUUGGUUUUUACUUACGACCCCCUGGGAGUUGAUUUCAAUCUUUUAUCUUUUGCAGCUACACGCUAAAAGAAAACCAAAACUUUGCUUUUGACGCUGUG